AUCAAAUUCUACGGAGUGCAUAUAUUUCUAUUCCAAGUCACUGAAGUUACGGCCAAAAUGGCUGGACAGUCGUCGUCUCAAACCCAAACAGAAACACUUUCCGAAAAAGAUAUCAACGAUGGGGCUCAGCUAGUUUCAAGCCCUUCUCUACAUCUGUCGAAGAAACGUCACCACUUUCUGGCGUCCGAGUCUUAGAUCUGACACGUAUUCUGGCUGGACCAUAUUGCACGAUGAUCUUGGGAGACUUAGGAGCUGAAAUUUUAAAGAUCGAGCGUCCGUUAGUGGGUGACGAGACGCGUAAGUGGGGCCCACCCUUUUUUCAAGGCACAAAAGAGUCGACAUACUUCGCGAGUGUAAAUCGCAACAAAAAAAGUCUUUGUAUCGACAUAAAGAAAGGCAAGGACGUUAUUUAUGAUCUAGCGAAAAAGUCUGAUGUAUUCAUUGAAAACUAUGUCCCUGGCAAGCUGGCCGAAAUGGGCUUGGACUACAGGUCUUUGAGCGAAGCAGCACCAGGGCUGAUCUAUUGUUCGAUUACUGGCUAUGGCUCUGAAGGUCCGUAUGCCACUCGCCCAGGCUACGAUGUGAUUGCGGCUUCCUUGGGUGGUCUAAUUAAUAUAACAGGUCCCAAAGAUGGAGAGCCCUGCAAAGUAGGAGUUGCCGUCACUGAUAUGGCCACUGGUUUGUAUGCUCACGGAGCAAUAAUGGCUGCGCUACUCCAAAGGUUCAAAACCAACAGAGGACAGUGGAUCCAAUGUAAUUUACUCUCUACCCAGGUCGCCAGCCUAGUUAAUAUUGCUUCUAAUUACUUAAACGCUGGUAAGGAAGCUUCAAGGUGGGGUACGGCACAUGAGAGUAUUGUACCUUAUGAAGCAUUCCCAACUAAGGAUGGAUUUAUUUCUGUGGGAGCUGGCAGUGACGUACAGUUUUUAGCCCUGUUAAAAAUGAUGAAUCUAACUAACUUGGAGAAAGAUCCCAAAUUUAGAACAAAUAUCGAUAGAGUAAAACACAGGGUAGAGCUCAUCAACAUACUUAGAGAUAACUUUAAGACCAAAACCAGUGAUGAUUGGUCUGAAAUUUUUCGAGAUGCUCCCUUUCCAAAUGGACGUAUCAAUACGAUUGGCCAGGUCUUUGACGAUCCACACAUUAAGCACAUAAAGUUGGUCAAAGAAAUGAUCCAACCAAGCAUAGGAAAGGAUAUACCAACUAUGAGAUUAUGUUUACGUAAGCCAAAAUCCAGUAAAAAAGUUCAGUGGACACAAGGAACUGUCGAUAAUGAGCAUAUGAAUAAAAAAAAGUCUAAAUGCUGCUGUAUAUACGAAAAACCAAAAGAAUUUGGUGAGAGUAGCUCAGAAGACAGCGAUGAUGAGUGUGAGCACUGUCAUGGGCACAGAGAUAUUCAUCAUAAGAAUAACUCGAAUGAAAAUGAGGCACCUCAAGGAGCCAUACCGUCUCAACCUGAACCAAUUGCUACAGGAUCUGCCUAAUUUUUAAGGGUUGAAGCAUUUUUAGAAAUGUUGAUAGGUAACCCAAUGUUGGCUUCGCAUCUUAGAUUUGAGUUCAUUGUUAGGUUGACAAGGUUAUAUAAAAUUUUGAAGGAUAUUUUGCCAGAUUUUUUAUACGGAGUCUUUUCACCUUUUUUCCAAGCGAUAUUACCUAUUCACUUGGAGGAUAGAUCUGUCUUAAAAAUGUAGCCAUAUUCGUUGCGUAAUUCCAUGAACAUACUAGUAGAUGAAGAGAUUUCUGACACUUCAUUUAAAUAACAAAUAGUCAGAAAUGCAACAUAGUAAAUGUGUCAAAAUCAAAAUUAUCAACUGCCUUCUGAGUUCUAAUUGCUGAUUUUUAUCUACUUUCUAAACAGCUUAUAGAAAGCUGUUGUGCUAGUUAAAAUUUGCAAUUGCUCUGUAUUUGACGCAGGCAAUUGCAGUUUGUGUAUAAAUAACUAUGAUGUAAUAGUUACAUUGAUGAGUUUUGUCGAAGUCUUGACUUCCAAAAAAUUUCAAGGUGAAACAAACACUAUAGUCGAUCAGUCAAUCUUUGGAAAUUAUACACGUUCAUAUGAUAGUUGAAUUACAUACUGUAGUGAAACUUCGUGUUUUGAUCUAUACCCAUGAUAUGUCAUUUCAACUGAUGAAAUAAUCGUGAGAGAAGGGAAUACAAAUCUUCUCUAACUAAUAGUUUUACCUAGGUCGUAAUGUUUUCAAUCUUCCAAUUGUAGACACAUUGUCUUGGGUGUUGCUCAAUAUUUGUUGGGUAUUGGUUGUGCGUUGUAUAUGUAAUGAAUAUUCUUAGGAACUCUUGUAUAAAAUUGAGAUCAUUUGAUUAAUUUAUUUCGAAAUCCUAAUUUUCAAUAUUUGUUUUUUAGAAACUGUUAUUUCUACUUGACAUUAAAUAGUUUCAGUCGUAAAUUAAAUUACAAGGAAAAAUUAUUUAACGAAUCAAAUUUGUAGUUUUGCUUUGUCAAUACUUUUGCUAUACUUCAAGCUAAAUAAUGGAGCACAAUAAAUUUAUUUUCGAAUUUGCAUAAUCGAAAGCUCCUAUAACAUAAAAUAUACAACUAAGUAACUUAUUAUGCAAUACAAGUGCGAAAGAAGCAUAGGUCAAGCACAUUGAGUCCCACAUUAAAAUUGAGUAUUUGAAUGCAUGCUCUUUUUUUGAAAUAUUUCGAAAUCAAAUUUAAUUUAUCGUGAUAGAAAGGAAUAUAUAUUUUUAUACAAGGAAAAUUAUUUUUGAAUAAUUUUCAAGAGAUGUUUAGUUCACAAUUAAUCAUCGUUUGCUGUAAUUCCUUGUCAUAAAAGAUAGCUAUAUUUCGCUUCUGAAAAAUUCAUCUAAUCAGCAUUCCAUGUAUUUUUGAUGUACAAAGGUGUCCUUUCACGGUUCACUGUAUCAUACAUGUAAUGAGUAAAAAAAAAGAGGGAAAAAAAAACAUAGUUGUAAAGUGUGGAAUUAAAAUUUUGAAGGAAAAGCUGAACAGGGAACAGAGCUCGUGACGUUAGUAUUAUGUUUAUUCUUAAAUUAAUGUACAAUAUGAAUUAAGUACGUCUUGUAUACUUCACAUCAACUGAUUUAAUUAAGAUACGAUUUGCAAUCGACAUAUAAAAAUUACAUAUUUUUGCUAUUUACAGAUCGACUUGAUGGUGAAUCACAGAAAUUUUUUUCCCCACUGCAGACUAAAUACAGUUUCUGGAAUAUAAUAUUUUCAUCUAUUCCUUGUACUUCCAUUUUUUGAAUUGUAAUUUACCAUGCUAAACAAAUGACAAAAAAAACGUUCAUCAUGAAAAUUCAUUAAAAUUGAAGUUAUUGUAAUUCAAGACUAUGAUGUCACGUCUUGCGCAUUGCAACUUUUAUGCCGGAUGUUUCUGUCGUAUCUAAUACGUCAUCAAUAAUGGAAUUGUAGCAUGCACGCUUGUGAAUCUACAGUUAUAUAUGCUGCAAUAUCUAUAAAUUUUAGUCAAGUUACAAACUAUACUUCAAAGUAGAAGUAAUUCAAACAACUUAUAACGAAAUUUUCAGUCGUGAUUCCUGCACGAAAAAGUGAAAUCUUUGAAACCAGUAGAUAUUCAUACAACUGAAGAAAACCGUUCACUUGUACAUAUUAGUUAUAACCCUACACCUAGUGAAGUCACAACAUUGCAAAUUGUUAAUAAACAAUUGAUCUUUCGUUUGUUCAA